UAUUUGCUUCCAGGAAGCGAGUAUUUGAACAGUGUCUAUGCAGCUGUGAAAGUCUGCUCGCUCCGUCUGCUCCAGCCUCAGAGGGCAGACAACGCUCAGUCCUUGAAACAUUUACCCACACACUCAGGAUGGCAGGGGAGUGUGUUCCAUGUGAGGGUCCAGACCUGAAGAAGAUGGGUGAGGAGGAACUAUGGGAACUGAUAAAUGACAACCGCCACCGGAUCUCAUUAGGGGUACGGCCAUGCAUCUUGAUCCCGUACCUGAGGCAGGCCAGGGUGCUCACGGAGAUGGACGAGGACGAGAUCGUCUCCUGCCACAACCUCACUAACCGCAGCAUGAGAACCAGCUACAUGCUUGAUUUGCUGAGGACUCAGGGGAGGAAUGGUGCUGUGGCUUUACUGGAGAGCUUGAUGAUCCACUUCCCCACCCUGUACACCCAAGUCACUGGACACAAACCCAGCACUGAGCCCUCAAGAUUCAGCGGCCUGAUAAAGUACUCAGAGUUGACGGAGUACCUGGUGAGAGCAGUGACAGGGAUGCAGAAGGAGCUCCAGGAGGCUCGUCGUGAGGCCGGCAGAAUGACCACUCGCUGCACCUCCCUGGAGUCAGAGAUUAGGCAGGUUACGGAGCAGGAGGAGAAAUCCAGAGGCCUUCAGGCUGAGAGUGAACGCAUGCGUAGACAUUUGUGCUCUCUGCAAUGCGAGGUCACCAAGCUGAAGGAUGAGAAAUGUGACUUGUACGUGCGCUACACAGCAGCCAUCGAGGAGAAAUCGGCUGUGACCAAGCAUCUCCAUGACCUCAACCUGCAGGUGUACCAGCUGCAAACGGAGCUGCAGAAAGUCCAGCUGGAGAAUAAGUUGCAGAGGCAGGGCUCGCUCAGACGUGCCUCUCUUGCCAAAACACCACAACUACAAGAAGAGGUUCAGAAGCUGCGCUGCCAGCUGAUGAAAGCAGAACAACUGGACCCAGCUCAUCAGGACAUCCUGGCCCAGGACCUGGCUGAGGCCAUCGACAGCCAGGUGGAGCUUGCAGAGCAGCUCAGGUGCUACAGAGAGGAGAAUGAACAGCUGCACAUGGAGAAACAAGGGCUCAUGGACCAGAAGGAGGGUCUGAGCCUUCAGGUGCAGCAGUUAACCCUGGACUGUAACAUGCACCAGCAGAAGACCACCAUGAUCCACAAUCAGUUGAGGGAGCUGCAGGCCGAGAGAGACCAGGCGUACCAGUCCAGAGAUGAGGCCCAGGCCAUGAUCGCCCGCAUCCUGGCUGAGAAGGACACCCUGAGGUGCCAGCUGGUGGAGCUCCAGGAGAGGGCCUUCAGCCUGCAGGACAAACGUAGCGCCAGAGAGCAGCAGCAGAGCUCUGAGGAGGCGAAUGAAGGCUGGGCGAGCCCGGGGUCCAGCUUUGAUGGAUGCCCAAACCCAAACAGACGGAGACUUCGCCGCAUGGACGCAAUCAAUCCCAUGUCACUGAGUUCCUGCCAGUCAGAGAGUGAAGAUGCUGCGACAAGUAGUGUCCGAUCCCGAACCGUGGAGCCACCCAGUUCAGAUUCCCUCCGCAAAAGGGAGGAAACUCUACAUGCAGAUUACAGUUUUGAAACAAUGGAAUCUGAUUCUUUAUUGGACGACUUUGUGUUCCUCUCCAACAUGGGGAGUGAAGACAUGCCGACACCCAGGCUGUGCUCCUCUAAUGGCUCCACGUCUGACGGCCUGUCACAGACUUCAGUCCCUCCCUUCCUGAUGCGCUCCCGUCCGAAAGCUAUCCGCAUCAGUGGCCGAGUUGUCAGCAUCUCCUUCCAGGGGGAGGCACUGCUCAGCCAGCUGGUGGUUGUGGGGGGGAAUAAGACAGGAGUGUUUGUACACCAGGUGACAGAAGGGAGCACUGCUCACACAGUUGGCAUCAGCCCAGGGGCACAGAUAGUGGAGGUGAAGUACGAGCAGAACCAGAAGGCUCUGAGGAUGGUGCUGGAGGACUCCACUUUAGAAGAAGCUAUGUGGGCUCUUGGCCAGGUGACAGGCCUCUGCCACCUCUCCCUGCGCCCCAGGCAAGAUGAAUAUGAGGCGCUGCUGCAGCAGCUGCACAACAGUGAGAUAUCAUCAGGAGACUCCUUCUAUGUACGCGUCAACAUGUCUGUGCCCGCUGGCCCCAACACAACCCUGGCUGUGUCCUGCAACAACAUUCUGCAUGUGACCAACACGCGACCCGCUGACACUGAGGACGCAUGGCAGGCCAGCCAAGUUCACCCCUCCCAGCUACUGGACCUCCAGAGUGGAACCGUACCCAACUAUUACAGAGCACAAAGACUUCUGAUUCGAGCUAUUGAGGAAAUGAGUUUUCAAACAAAGAAAUCUCUCAAGGUGGGGCGUUUGGUGGCCCAGAAUAAAGAGAAAGAAGUGAGGAUUGUGAGCACCGGGCGUCAGGGCAGGAACCCAAUGUGGGUCAGUGUGGAGGAUGAAAACUCAGCUGAUACAUCUGCACCCAAAAGUUGUGUAUCCCUCAUGCCCUACACCCUGGUCACCCCCCACUACCCACCCGUCUGCAGACCCGUCCUGCUGCUGCCCACCGUCCUGGGACGCAUCCUGGACAAGAAGCUGGCAGGGUGGAAGGGCUUUCAGCUCUGUGAACCUGAGAAGUUGAACUCCUGUGAGCACGCAGCCCGGCUGCAGAGGUCUGAGAUCCUGGAGGAGUGUGAGCAGGGACAGCACCACUGCUACACCCUGCAGAGUGUCGAGAAAGUCAUGAAGAAGGGGAUUCACUGUGUGCUGCCCCUGGGCCUGGACUGUGUGCGGCGGCUGCACCGGGCCGAUGUCUUCCCUAUCAUCAUCUACAUCGGCCAGUCUGCACGGAGUGCACGUAAACUGAGGUCAAAGCUGCAGCGCCAUGGCCAGUCGGAGGAGCAGCUCCUGGCGUGCUCAAGGAGCGAGGAGCCGCUGCUGGACAAGCUGCCGUGUCUGUAUCACAGCGUGGCAUCAGACUCGUGGUGUGACCAGACGUCCCUGCUGACCAGCCUGCGCACCAUCAUCUGGGAGGAGCAGAGGAAGAUCGUCUGGGUGGAGCCUGACCUGUGGUGAAAGAGAAAUAUAAAGAAAUAAUAGAAAUUAUCAUUUUUAAAAGGGCUUUUUAUUACGAUUGUAAAGUAUUAAGAAUAUAUUGAUUCGAUAGAAGUACUUUACAAGUGAUAUUUUUGUAAACAUGAGUAUGUAUCUGUGAUACUUAUGAGUAACUGCAAAAGAUGGACUCUGAUAAUGUGAUAAAGACAUGAAUAUGCAUGUAUUCAUUAUUUACUAAACAUUUUCUGUAAUAUGUGUAAUGUACUGCCUCCUUUUUGAGGUGUGUUGUAAACACAGGUGUGAGGUGUUCACUACAAACAGAUAGAUAGAAACAGACUAAAGUGACUUGAAUAUGUAGCUUCUCUACAAAAUGUUGUAGAUCAUUUCCUGCUGUGAGGGAUUUUAUUUUGUUUAAUCAAGUGUUUGAUCACACUGCUUCUGCUUGUGGUAAUUUUACUUACAUUUUUUGUUCAUUAGUACGAAACCGGAUUCUUCAACGUUGAAAAAUAAUUCAUAUACAGUUGUGAUUAAGGAAGUCAUCAUAUCUGUUGUUCUGUAUCAUGUGAGUUGGGACCAUGACAGAUCUUACUGUAACUCCUCUCUUCACUCUGGAUGUCCCAUCCUUCUUCUUCAUGAUGCUGCCACACAUCCAUGAAUGUUCAGUCUUUUGACUUAACCGUCAACUUUUACAAAACAUGUCCGUACAUCUUCAUGAAUUUCUGUGAAUGUUGUUUUGUUUCCAAUGUGGCUCAGUGUCCACAUAAUAUGAACGUGGUGAGAUUUAAUGGUUUAUGUUCAUUCAAGUUUAACGAUCAUAAUUUUCAUGCAGCACCGUCUUGUUUUAAGCUUGUUUUAAACAUGUGGUAAUGUUUAGAUUCACUGAAUGAAUCAAUGAUUCGUCUGCUGCGAGUUCGUUCAACUCAGCAUAUUAGCAGACUUCCCAGCAUGCAUUGCUUGACUCUGGUUCAGGAUGACUCAGAACAGCAGCAGCAUCAGCUUGAAGGAUUUUUCUGUCAAAUGAGGAGCUGGCAGCUGACCUGAGAUGGUUCAGUGAACUGGUUUGUGGCAUUAGAAAUCACUGGUUACAGAUUCACAACUCAUGAGACAUAUUUGAGCUGACGCAGGAUGUGUGUAGCUAUGUCACAUGUUAAGGAAGAUGCUGAACCAGCUUUCAAGCUUCACUGUGUUUUUUUUAACAAUAGUGUGGUUAGUUGAAAAUGGCUGGAUACUGCAUAUGAUACCUUUGGUAAAUUCAAAUAAAUAAAGCUUUCAAAGUAUUUAUCUCUU